AUGAAGACAAGGUGCAUGCAAGCGAGCUCGAAUGUGAAGAGCCAGACGCAAUGUCAGAGGUUUUGGAUGUUGACUACUGGGAACCAUACGAAGAAACACACCUCCCCCCCAGCAGUGCACACCUUAGGUUCUGUUCCGAUGAUUGAGGGUCUUCUUUUGAGUUGGCCUAAUACCCUCCGUUCAAAACAGGAGCCAUUCUCGCUAGCGAACCCACAGCAGCCUGGGAACUUGACUGUUAUUAAGCUCCGGCUGGUAGACCCUCAUUAUCGAAUUUGUUCAACGCGGAAUGUGCAGCAUGAGUGGUGGGCUGCCGAGGCUCGACAUGCAUCGAACUUAGACGCCCGUUUGCCUCCGGAACUGGUCCAUCUUGUGAUGGAGCAGACAAACUGGUGGCCGAUGUCUACUGCGGAGGCACGGCGUCUGCGCGAAGACUUUCGACGUGAUCACCAACACGCACAAGAAGCGGCCGAGAAAAGCGAGGGGUACCACCUUAGUGCGAUACUUCCUUACGAUUCAACUGAUGCUACUGAGUCAACUGGUGUUGAUGCACAGUCUCCUUAA